AUGUUCUUCGGCAAAGCACUCUUCGCGGCUGCCAGCGUUGCUUCCGUUGUCAACGCCUUGGGCAUUAACUGUCAAGGCAGUGGUCUCUGCACUGGCAACAAAGGGGCCCUCGGAAACCUACUUGGUCAAGUCAAAGCGCUUGACCAAAGCAAGACCUUCUCUGAUGGCGAACAAAUUGCCUGCGUCGAAUCUUCCGUCUCUAUCGGAAACCCGAGUCUCUGCCUCUUCUACCAGAAAACUGGCCGAACGUUUACUGUGGCCCAGACCGUAUGGUAUGUCCAGGCUCUGAUCGAUCAUGGUUGCCAAGCAUGUGGCAGCAUCCCUGUGGAUGACGGCAACAACGUCGACAACGGGGAGUUGACUGCCAACAUGGUCGCCAAAUUUAGGCGCCGUGAUACCGGCAUGGUCAAGGUUGUCAGAAAGGCGGAGGGCCAGACGGAAAAUGUUUCGAAGCUGUCCAAGCGCUUGGGUAUCAACUGCCGCGGUAGCUCUACUUGCGGAGUUGGAGGCGUUGCGAAUCUCCCAGCCGGGCAUAUCGACGACCUCAAGGAUGUCAUUGCGGGCCAAGGUGACGGUGUCUGGGGCAAUGGUCAACAAAUCGGCUGCGUUGCCCAUGUCACUGGCCGCCUGUGCGCCUUCUACCAGAAUGUCGGUGAUCGCACUUUCACCACCCAGCAGACUCUGAUGUACCUUGACUGGCUCACGGACCAUGGCUGCACCGUCUGCGGCAGUGUUCCUACUGAUGAUGGCAACAACGUCGACAACGGCGAGCUGACGGUUAACUAUGUUGCUUAA